AUGACUAGAUAUGAAUGGGAUUGUUCAUAUUUACAUCACUGUUCAAAUCUUUAUCAAUCAUCAUCAUCAUCAUCAUCACGAAGUUUUUGCUUAGUUGUUCAGUCGCAUAUUAUACUUACACAUUGUUUAAAAACAAAACGCAAAAUCAUGUCAGCAGACAAUUCAAAUACAGCUACAACUUCUCGGCCUUCAACAGAUCCUGAAGCAGCUCGUACAGCUGCACAAACCGAUCAUCGACAUCAUAGUAUUCCAAUACCAGAUAAAGUAACAGGAGCGGGACAAAAUCAAGGAGCACAAAAAAAAGCAACAGAACCUAUUGAAGCCGAUACUAGUGCUUAUCCUGAAAAUAAAUCGAAUAAUCAAGGAGCAGCAUCACCAGAACAAGUUGCUAAUCGAUCGACAAAUUAA